AAGCCCCGCCCCUUAGUGCCAGUGAUUGGCUUUGAGCUGAAGACUGCUUCAUUUUGAACCAUAACAUCUUACCUGUGUGGGCAGGGUAGUGUGCCAAUCUCAGCCCACUUUCACGUUUAACCACGGACUGUUAAUGCCCCAAGGGUACAUGUGUGUACGUGCUUCAAAAGUGGAGAAUGGUUUAAUGGUUCGUGCAAUUAAAUAGAUAUAAAAGUGGAAUUUUAACCAGUAGCCGCAUUAAUAUAUUAUUGAAUAACCGGCAUGCAAACAAAGUGUCAUGAAUAUUCUUCCAAUGUGCUAUUCUAAAAGAAUACCAUGAUCAAGUUGAUACCCUGGUUUUGUGACCUAGUGUGUUCAUUCUAAGAGAGUUUGGGCUAGAGUAAGUUAUACUCGGAUCAGCACGAUCUGUCUGGGCUGUUCAGGGGCUCCACAGCUGCAACAAGGAGGAGGCUGACUGACUAACUACAGGGGGAAACAUGGCGACCAGCUAUGCGUGGUUCCUGGUGUUGUGCUCUGUUUUUCUGUGCAAUCUCAUGAAAGCACUCCUUCCUUCAAUUUCCUCUUUUCUCUCUAAGAUGGUGCAGAAAGACGCUGAUCAGGAGAGUGAGAUGAGAUCUGAGAUCCAGGACAUGAAGAAAGAGCAGGCCUCCAUCAGCAUGAUGGAUGAGUUUGCCAGAUAUGCAAGAUUGGAGCGGAAAAUUAACAAAACAACAGACAAGCUGAAAACGCAUGUGAAAUCAAGAACUGCCCAACAAGCCAAGAUGAAAUGGGUCGUUAACAUUGUCUUUUACAUCCUGCAGGCUGCAUUGAUGAUAUCUUUGAUAUGGAAGUAUUACUCGGAUCCUGUGACUGUGGUACCCAGUAGGUGGAUUGCUCCUGUGGAGCGCCUUGUGGCUUUCCCAACAGGAGUAGUUGGUGGAGUGGGGAUCACAUGCUGGCUGGUGGUUUGUAACAAAGUGGUCACUCUGGGGCUCAGUGUCAUCAGCUAGAGAUGUCUGCAGUGACCCCAGAUUGUUUUGUCCAUUUCUGUCUGCUGACCAGAAUGUAAAAAUGCAGUGCGUUUUUACUUUUUCUUAUCACAGCAUUAAUUUAUUGUCUUUUAAGUGAAAUUUGAAUGUUUUUGUUCAAAUUAUUUUCAUUUAGAGUGUGUGCACAGAUGUUUUCGAUCACUUAUGAUGACGUUUCUUUUGAAUAAAAGAUGACCAGAGAAAAAUACAUCUGUUUUCUUUAUUGUGUUGCUCCCACAGAAAGCAAAAAAAGUCAGGUAGUCUCUGAGUAAAUUAAAGGAGUGUGCUGUUAGCUGGAAGGUGUAACUGUUAGAAGUCAACGUAAGCUCACGCUUACUCUUCCAACUUCCUUUAUCUCAGGCAGAGAACAUUCUUCUCCACUUCCCCUGAGUUUACCCUCUGAUAGACAGAGGUCCUUAUUGUCACUGCAGAGGUCCACCAUCUUUGUUGUGCUCGUGGUGUUUUCACCUGGGAACAGCUCGGCAAAGCUGUAGGCAGGCUUUCCAUUAUGCAGGUUCUCUAUAGACUGUUUGAAUGUGUACCUGCGUCUGAUUUUUGGGAGCUUGUAUUUUUUUGUUUCCAGUUGCAUUGCUUCAAGAGACUUCUCUAAAAUGUAGGCUGUUUCGGUCUCAUGCUCUGCUUCCUGCUCCUGGAACACCUGUGGGGCCCCUGCUGGCUCCAAUGGCUCCAUGGGAUUAGACGCACAGUUAGAGACACAGUCACAAUUCCACGAACAGUUGUCCUCAAUUUGAUGUUCUGGGGUGUCUUCUGAUCUCUCUUCUGUGCAGCUGCUCUCACUUGUGUUCUCUUUGAACAGCUCAGAGAGACCUAAGGACACACAUCUGCCUGUAAUGAGACAUAAUACAACUUGUUUAAAGUGCUUCUUGUCUACUACACAGUGUGGUGGUGGAUUAGCAGAGCCAUACUUUUUUUUUCAUUUUACCAAUAAAACAUAAUUAACCUGA